UCAAGCAGAGUUGUAUCCAUCCAGGAGUGCUGUGUGUACAGGAGGGAUCAUGAAGUGUCUUGUUGCUGUUUUGGUCUGUGUGGUGCUCGCAGAGGGACUUGUCAAGAUCCCUCUGCAGAAGCACAAGUCCAUGCGGGAGGCCCUAAGAGAGAAAGGGAUUAAGCUGCCUUACCAGGAUCCGGCUCUCAAGUACCAACCUGAUGAGUUUGCUGGCUCUGCCAGCAUGUACAUUAAUAACUACGCUGAUACUACGUACUUUGGCGCCAUCAGUAUUGGAACACCCCCCCAGUCCCUCCAAGUGCUGUUUGACACUGGCUCUUCCAACCUGUGGGUGGACUCCACCUACUGUAACACUCAGGCCUGCAACGCACACACAAAGUUUGACCCCCAGCAGUCAUCUACCUUUUCUGCCAAUGGACAGAGCGUCUACCUACCCUACGGAGCUGGAAGCCUCUAUGGAGAGUUGGGAUACGACACUGUCAAUGUAGGCGGCAUUGUGGUCACUAAUCAGGAGAUUGGUCUGAGCACACAAGAGCCUAGUCAGCCCUUUUUGUCUGCCAAGUUUGACGGCAUCCUCGGUCUGGCCUAUCCAGGCAUCUCAGCUGGAGGACAGACUCCUGUCAUGGACAACAUGAUUUCUCAAAACCUGUUGAAUGCCGACAUAUUUGCUUUCUACCUGUCCAGGGGAGGGCAGCAGGGCAGUGAGCUCUCUUUUGGAGGAGUGGACAACAGCAUGUACCAGGGCCAGAUCUACUGGACCCCUGUCACCUCUGAGACCUACUGGCAGAUUGGCGUUCAAGGAUUCCAGAUCAAUGGCCAAGAGACCGGCUGGUGCUCUCAGGGCUGCCAGUCCAUUGUGGACACUGGAACCUCCCAGUUGACAGCCCCAAGCCAGUUUAUGGCUAACAUCAUGCAGGCCAUUGGUGCUCAACAGAGCCAAUAUGGAAUGUACAUGGUGGACUGCAGCCAAAUCAACAACCUGCCAACUCUCAGCUUUGUUAUCAGCGGCACUGCCUUCCCUCUGCCUCCUUCUGCUUACAUCGAACAGCAAAACCAGAAUGGAUACCAGUUCUGCUCAGUGGGCAUUACCCCCACCUACCUGCCUUCUCAGAAUGGCCAGCCCCUGUGGAUCUUUGGAGACGUGUUCCUCAGAGAGUACUACUCCGUCUAUGACCGCGCCAACAACCGUGUUGGCUUUGCAUCAGCUGUCUAACUGUCGUCAGUGUAACCUAACCUGACCAUAAAACUGACCAGAUAAUAAGGAAAAAGUCUGUCUACAUUAUUGUACAUCCUCAAAUUGGUAGAUUUAAUUGGAUUUGAAUAUUCAAAACUGAAAAAAUGUGUCCAUACAAUUGCAGAAUAAAUUUAAAAUGCUCAC